AUGUCGGCUGUCCGCGCGACGGCCCUCAGAGCCGGCGGCGCCUGCGUGCGCUGUCGCAAAGGCAAGACCAAAUGCGUCUACGAAAAUGGCCGCGCGCCCUGCAAGAACUGCUCCAAGGGAAUGCACGAAUGCUACCUACCAUCUGAGUCCAUGAGCCAUGGUGGACACGGCGUUUCUCCUGCGCGUGCAGCUCGCGCACGCGAGACUCUGCCCAGCGAGCGAGCAUCCGGAGCUGCCACCGGCGACCGCCACGGCUCUGCACACCCGACUGCAGUCGCCUCGCGUAACUCGGCACCUGCAACAGAAAAGCUCGGCCCGGACAUGCUUGAACAGUGUGAGAGGGUCAUCAAUAAGGUCCUGCCAGCAUGUGUGGCCUUCCACCGGCCAUCCUUCAUCCAGUCCCUCAGGAACAAUGGCGUUGACAGCGUCAUGGUCAAUGCACUCCUGUGCACUGCUGCUCGACACUCGCCGACCCUUAUCCAGCGCUUUGGAAGGGGCCAGGGCUCUUCUCAGGCAGCCGAGCACUUUGGUCUCAAGGCCAGCAACUUCAUCUGGUUGUCGCUCGAUCAUCCUACCCUGGCAGAUAUUCAGGCUCUCUGCUUGAUGGUCAUCCACGAGUGGGGCUCUAGAAGCGCUGUCCGCGCGUACAUCUACCUCGGCCAAGCUGCUCGCAUGGCCCAGAUGUACCGUGUUGUCCAUUCCAACGGUCAUUCAACCGAUCCAGACCGUUUCCUCCAGGAGGAGUCCUUCCGUCGGACACUGUGGCUCAUCUACAUCCUUGACUGCUUCCUGACGAGCAGCCCGGGCCGCUUUCCCGCCCUGUCAGCACUCGACGUCAAGGAUGUGGCACUUCCAUGCGAAGACAUGAACUUCAACUUCGGCAACCCUGUUUUCGUGCGAACUUUGGACGGAAGUGCGCCUCCCGCGGCUACCAAUUCCGCCAUUAUGGCCCCGGUCGGCGAGUUUGGGCACAUCGUCCUAGCUACCGAGGCGUGGCGCAUGGUUGUGGAGAUGAUGACUACCACCACACUCGAAACUUUCAGCGAGGAGCAGUGCCAAAUGCUGGAAGUCAAGGUCGCUCAGGUCCGGGCUAACCUCCCUCAUCCUUUUGCCGACAGACCAGGCCAGAUGGAACUUCAUAUUACUAUGGGUAGUGGCGUCACCUAUGCCAUGAUACACCUCCUUUUGCAUUGCGCAUCCAUUUUCAUCAACCGCCGUCGUAUACUUCAGAUCGUUACCUCGGAGAACUUCAGCAUGGACGCGUGGCGCAUGUCGAGCCAGAGUCAGAUGCAAUAUGUGGAGCGCAUUCUGGAGUCUUCUCACAGUAUCAUAUCCAUGCUCACGGCUCUCGAGAGGGCCACCGAGCCUACGGCAGUGUGCUGCCUACCAAUCUUCAUGCUGUUCUCCGGCUUUACAGCUGGCUCAACCGUGGCAUAUCUUGCCCUUAAAGGGCUGUCACCCCCUCACACGCAUGACUCCAUUCAUCUCAUGGUAGAUAAGUGCCUCCAUCUCAUGAAGGACGGCGCAGAGUCAUGGAACCUGGUCCUCCCAUGGCACCGGCAUUUGAGCGUUAUGAGCCGAGUCCUGAACGACAUUAAUAUUGGAGACGAUCAGGAGAGAGUGAGCGAGGACAGUCGCAUGCAAAUUCAACGAUCGCCAUCCGUUAAGGACGAGAGAGUGAGCCGUGCUGAUGCCCACCACGAACAAAUGGACUACGAGCAGGCGCCAGCCUCAGGUACCUCUCAGUCCGCACCCCAGGGCAGUGCUCCACGUGUCUCCUCCCCAGGGGAUCUACCACAAGCUGCACCCCCGGCACCUAUGGAUAGCCGCGACAGCGAGCCUCCGAGACCUCGACCAGCCGGCGUGACCACUAUUAAUGGAGGUUCUGCCGGUGGCUCUACUCCCGCCGCUCUGGGUUCUCCACCAGCAGCUCCUCAGGACGUCAAGCCGGAAUACAAGCCUGACUCCCCAGUUCCCGCGUCUAAUGGGUCCAACGCUGGAGGCUCGGGAUCAGCCCCUCCGCCUGCCAAGGAGAGCGGUGGCUCUGGAGUCGACAUGACGCCGGUAGAACUCUGUGCGGCUUUCGAGCGUCAACUACUCGAGCUGGACGAUCUUGCCGCGUUCAUGGGAGGCGGAGUGUGA